CUAAACCCAAGGAACAGUUUUUUCUAUUUUGAUCAGUCAAAAAAAAAUAUUUUGUUUGAUUGUGCCUCCAAGCUCAAUUGUAAAAAAUAAAAAACACGAUUUUUAUUUGUAUUCUCAAUUGAACCACUCCUUUUAUCUGUGACGUGUGGAAGGAUGAGUUUUGAACACAAAACUUUUUUGUUUAUCAAAAAUUAGAAAACGGAAAUAUAAUGAGGAAUAUUUCAAGCAGCAACAUUGCAAUUAUUUCUCUUUAUUUUCUCAUCUUUAAUUUGGUUUUUUUCCCAGGACAUUACUGUUUCUAUACAAUGAACACCCAAUUCAUGUCCCCGACAGCUGAAACUGCUACACAGCAGGUGCAUGACCGCACAUCAUGCAAUGACAUUCUUUGUCUAGCUCCCAAUGCUUCCUACCAGGUGACUAUGCUGUUUGACAAAAUUAUUGCGGGCAAUGUCAACCGCGCAUCAAAGCAGAGCCAAGCCAUCGGCGGUAAAGGCCAAAACUUUUCCAUCGCUACAAAGCAAUUUUAUGGUCACACAAAUCGGGUGACGCUACUCCAAAUCCUUGGUGGUCAUACUGGCACUCAAAUAGAGAAUAUGCUUUUAGAGCAAGGAAUCGACUGUAUCACUGUUCACACUCCUCUGCCAACAAGAACAUGCACAACGUGUCUUGAUGUUUCGACAAACCAGAUGACCGAGCUUAUUGGUAUUUCCAACCGGGUCGAGGAAGAGGUCGUCGCGGAGUAUGUGGAUAUUGCAACCCGUCUGCUGCACUCAGGUGCUCCUCCCAGGGCACUGACCCUCUGCGGAACUAUUCCUCCGGGAUUCAAUUCUGAGCGUAUCGCCGAGAUUAUUUCGAGCAAAACAGAUAAGACCCUUGUCUUUGUUGAUGCUGCCAUAGAUAUCUUGCCCCUUUUGGAUACCGGAAAGGUUGACAUCUUAAAGGUCAAUUUGAGCGAGCUGAAGAUAAUUGCUUCCGCUGUUGGCCUGCAGUUCAAUGCCACCCAGGGUAUUCCGCCGGCGAUUUUGGAGCUGGGCAAGAAAAUACGCGUUAGCAUUGUCGCUGUCACCGAUGGGCCAUUCAUGGCGUAUCUGGCGGAUAUUGGUCAGGGCACCUGCCAUAUGUUUGUCAUUCCCGAUUUGCUUGCAGACAAGGAAUUAUUUGUCGGCAACUUGGCAGAGGUAAAACUCGAGGAUGAGGAAAAGAGGGUGCUGAAUCCGAUCGGCGCUGGUGAUACAUGCAGCUCGGUGACGCUCAACUGCCUGCUUGACGGAGCUCCUGCUAUCGAUGCGUUUGCCCUCGGACUGGCUGCCGCAUCGGCAUCGUGCCUGGUACCGAUGAUCAACUGCAUCAUUGACCGUGUAGUGAUGAACAAAAUUCGCGCCAUGACCACGAUAACACAGGUUUAAACUCAUUUAUUUCAAAUAAAGGGCGAAAU